AUGGCGCGGCAGAGGCAACUGCGGGAUGAGGUAGGGGGAUGGGAGUCACACACACCGGCGGCGGCCCGCGACGGACGGUAUCGGCGACGGCCCACGCCCCUUCACCACCGCGCCACUCCCUCAUCCUCUACGGGCUCCAGCAGAGCGACGCCGGGGAAGAAGGCCAUCAGCAGUAGAGACGACGGCGGCCACGUUGUCUCCUUCACGAAGUGCCGACCCUCCGCAAGGGAGAAGAUCUCCGUCGUGCCCCUGGACAAUACCAGUGGUCACAGCCGAUCCCGGUCCUCCUCCGCCUUCUUCUCCAGUCCCAGGAACAACGGCAUCCUAGGGUCCUUCAUCUCUUCCCUCACAUGGAGAAGCCCUCGGCUCUCCACUUGCACCUCCGCCGCCGCCGCGCCGCCAACCAAGGGCGAGGACUGGAGGCUCAUCGCCACCGAGCUCUCCCACAAGCUCAUCCUCGCCACCCGGAAGCGGGACGAGGCGGUGUCGGAGGUCUCACGCCUCAAGCACUCCAUGUCUGAGCUGGAAAAGAAGCUCACCAAGCUGGAGAAGUACUGUCACGACCUGAAGUCCGCCCUCGACUUGUCCAAACACACCAAUUCCUUCGUCCUCCCCGCGUCCCCCUUGGAGAAGAUGGAGUUCCCUCUCGAGCCCUUCCUCCGCUGCAUCUGCGAAUCACGCGCCGCCGUCCGGCACCUGAGCUGUUCCCUUCUCACCCAUAUCCAGCAGGCCGGGACGGCACUCAAGGCCCAUGACGUCUGGUUGCCGGCCACCGUAAAGAGCAACCUCAACGGUGGCGGCGGCGGAGGCGGCGGCGGCGGCGGGCUCCUCCUCUACAUGGAGGCGCUGCUUAGCCGCGUCUUCUUCGAGGACUUCGAGUCAGCCGGCUUCCAGCGCGGGGGCCCCAACGGCGUACUGGACCCUCGCAAAAUGGCGGACGCCAAUCUGGCGUCGUACGCCGCCCUGAAGGGAUUAUCUUGGGAUGACGUCCUCAGCCGGGGGACCAGGUACUUCAGUGAGAGCUUCAGCCAAUUCUGCGACCGAAAGAUGAGCGAAGUAGCUGGCACGGUGUUCGGCGGCGGCAGCGGCAGCGGGGUGUGGGGGCGGCGCGGCUGGCCGGAGCCGCUCCUGCAGGCCUUCUUCGGCGCCGCCAAGGGCGUGUGGCUGGUUCACCUUCUGGCAUGGUGCGGCCACCCGCCGGCGGCAAUCUUCAGGGUCGGCGCUGGGGCGCCCUUCGACGCCGCGUACAUGGAGGACGCCGUAGCAGACCGAGCUCGCCGCCCGGCGGCGUCCUCCGCCGUGAGGAUGAUGGUGGCGCCGGGGUUCUUCGUGGGCGACAGCGUGGUCAAGUGCAGGGUGCUCUGCGGGCGCCACCGCAGCGUCAACAACAACAUCGGCGGCAAUGGCCACGCCAGCAGCACCGUCAAGGAUGUCGAAGACGUCACAACGGCUAGCAAUUAG